AUUCUAUUUUAAAUCCCCGUUGAUCUCGACUGGAACUAUCCAUCAUAGGCAAUGGCAAAAUUUAUGAGCUACAACGUCAGUAGUAGCAGCAAGUAGGUAAUUAAGUUAAAAAAACUUUGAAUUGUCAUUUUUAUUGUCACAAAAACAAUGCAGGUUGGGUGUUGAUUUUUAUUUUUCAAAUGAAUUCUACGUAAUACAAUUUUUGAUGAAACAUUUAUUUCUAAAUUAAUGUUGUUAGACAUACCACAGAAUUACUUCAAAUUAAAACCAGUGAUUACAACAAUAAUAAAAACAACAUAGAGAUAAACCGGUGAACUAUGUACUACAUAAAUAGGGAUCACAGUAAGUAUUUAUAAUCAACGCACCGGCAUCAACAUGAUAAAAUCAACAAUAUUCUAUUGUUUACUUGCUUGCACAGUGUACAUUGUCCAAGGGGCGCAAGGUUUGCGCGAACAAAUACAGUCGCGAUAUAGUAAUGGCUUUGAAGCGGAUUUUAUAAGUGGAUGUGUUUCAUUAGAAAAGCAGUGCUCACAAACUGAUGAUCUCGCGUUACUUUCCUGUGCACUAAAUACAACGCGUAGCAACAAAACCCAAGUUAGUUUUCAGUGUCAACAUAAGGUAUGGACACGUGAAGCUCAACUUCUUGAUCUUGCUUUCCUGAACCUAAAAUUGAGGGAACCAUGCCAUGAUGAGCCGUUGAUAGUUGACUGUCUAAGUCCCGUCGAAUAUGCAAUAGAUUGCGUAUUGAAAAAAAAGUCUAGUGUCAGAGGUAAAGUCUGUUGGAGGAUGAUCAACAAGAUUGAAUCAUUAAUUUUUAAUGAUUGGCAAAUCACUGUUAAUUUUCUUAAGCAUUGCGAUGAUGACAUCCAAACACACUUAUGUGGCAGAAUCCCCCCAGAUCCAAAGAGCUUAUCACAAACACAGACUGUGAAAUGUCUUCAGAACAAGGAACCAUUACUUCAGCCAGAGUGUGCAUCUGAAAUUGCUGCACUGAAUGAGAUGAUGUAUAGUACUUUGCAGUUGGAUAAACUAGUGUUUGCAGCCUGUAAAGCAGACCAGAUUAUGUUCUGUCCCGAUGAAUUACCACGAUCAUGGUCCAUGUAUAAAUGUCUUAUGAAUAACAAAAAUGAUGAUAGGAUGACUAAACGAUGUCAAGAUCAAUUAUUUUAUGAUCAAAGAAGUGUUGUCAUGAAUUACAGAAUGAGUAGAGGUUUGGUGAAAGCUUGUAAAGAUGACAUAAAAAAAUAUCACUGCAGGAAAGGUGUAGUGGAAGAUAAGGAUGUCAGACUUGCACAAAUUUUAUUCUGUUUAGAAAAUGAAUCUAGAAACAAUAGCACAAUUUCACCUAACUGUUUGCGUGAAAUGACUGAUCAUAGAAGAAUGCUUAUGAACGACUAUAGGCUGUCACCAGAGCUCAUGCAGAAUUGUGCAAAUGAUAUCACUACAUUGUGCAAAGGUGUUGAAACUGGUGGAAGGACUAUACAUUGCUUGAUGGAUCAUGCCAGACCUAGAAAGAAGAAAGAUAAGAGAAUAAGUCUGGCAUGUCAGAAAUCUUUGGAGGUUCUGGUUCAGGAAGUGAACCCAGGAGAAGACUGGAGAGUUGAUCCAGUAUUACGUAAAGCCUGCAAAGAUACUGUAAAUGAUGCAUGUCGAGAAGCUAUGGAAAAAGGUGGAGGUAAUGGAAAGGUGAUGUCGUGUCUCAUGGAGAGACUUGGAACAGAAGCAAUGAGGCCAGCCUGUGAAACAGCAUUAAUGCAAAUACAAUACUUUAUAUCCAGAGACUUUAAACUGGAUCCUCAGUUGUAUUCAGCUUGUAAGUAUGAUGCUGUGACACAAUGCAAAGCAAAGUUGCAAUGGGCUGAUGCUAGCGAGCAUAGAUCUGAAAAGGAUCCAUUAGUGUUUCCUUGUUUAUAUAACUUUGCAUAUAAUUCUGAACUGAAGGGGCAGCUGAGACCAGCAUGUGAACAACAAGUUAGGAGAGUUAUGCGACAGAGAGCAGUAAGUGUUGAUUUGUUACCUGAAAUAGAAGAUGCCUGUAUGGAUGAUUUAGCAAAUCUUUGCUUUGAUCACACUGGCAAAGGUGAAGAAAUACUUUGUUUGCAAAGCAAACUGAGGGACCUCUCCAUAAAAUGUAAAGAAUUUGUAACAAAUUUUACAGAAACUCAGAGUAGUCAUAUUGAAUUGAAUCCUGUGAUAAAUUUAAAUUGUAGAGAUGCAAUUGAAAGGCUUUGCUCCUCAAAAUUGAAAAGCAAGAUAGAGGAAGAUGAUGUACUGGAAUGUUUGAUAUCUCAUAAAAAUGAUCCAGAAAUUAAGGCUGAUGCAAAGUGUAGGGCGGCUAUAGAACAUGAACAAUUGAUUUCAUUGAAGAGUUACAGAUUUACUAGGAAGUUUAAAAACGCAUGCAAGUCAUAUGUUGUAAGAUUUUGUCCGAAAGCACAAACAAAGAGUCAAGUGGUUGUAUGUCUCAGUGAGAUAGUACGAAAUGACACUAUAAACAGGAGAAAACCAACAAUUCCAAAGGAUUGCCGUCAGCAGUUGAGGAGUCAAUUGUUCCAGCAAAAAGAGGAUAUUGAUUUAGAUCCUGAAUUGAAAGAAGCUUGUAAACAUGAAUUGGCAGCAUACUGUUCUAAUGUGCCUGUGGGUGAAUCAGCUGCACUGGAGUGUCUGCAAACAUCAAAAAGACAAAUGUCUUCAGCAUGUCGAAAAGCUAUAUUUGUAGUCAGAAAGCAAGAAUUUACUGACAAUGCCAUUGAUUACCAUCUGAUGAUGACUUGUAAUGAUAUGAUUGAUAUGUAUUGUCGUAAUACAAAACCAACAAAAAUACUGGACUGUUUGAAGAUGCAUCAACAGGAACCGAAUUUUGAUGAUAACUGUAAACUUGUUAUUGUAAACAGACUAAUAGAACAAAAUAUGGACUACAGACUCAAUAACAAUUUGCAAAUUUCUUGUAAUGAGGACAUAAAAAAGUACUGUUCUGACAUUAUUGCCUCUCAACCAGACAUGGAACUUGAAGGGAAAGUCUUAGUUUGCUUGAAAGACAAGUUUAGAGAAUCAAAAUUAACCUCAACCUGCGAAAACGAAGUCGCGAACGUAUUGAAAGAGCAAGCAUUAAAUUACAGACUGAACCCUUUACUCGCGCGACUGUGUCAAGCGGAAAUAAAGACUAUUUGUGCUGUUCCAAAUGAUUCUAUAACAAACUCAGAUGGACGGGUGGAGGAAUGUCUAAAAGAAGCACUUUUAAAUCGUAAAUUAGUGUCGCAGGAAUGUGCAAGGGAAGUUGUCCAGAUAAUAGAAGGCACAGAAGUUGAUAUAGAGGCUGACCCGUUACUCGAGCGGGCAUGCACCAUGGAUUUACUUAGAUAUUGCAAGGAUCUGGAAAAAGGAGCUGGCAGAAGAUUGAAGUGUUUAAAAAUAAUCCUUCAAGAUGGCAAUAGACAACUUGAACCAGAGUGUAAAAAAGAACUCUCUAAUAGAUUAGAGAUGUACAAAUAUGUUGCUUCGGUGGUACACGAUUUUGGCGAUGUAUAUGACGAGAUCGUGUCUUCACCUUUUAAGAAAUAUUUUCUAGUUGUAUUCAUUUCUAUUGUAGGUUUAAUUUUUAUAUUUGGUAUAUAUUGCGGUCGCAUAAUUAGUCAUAGAGCAAUGUAUGUUAAGAAGAAAUAGGUAAUCAAUUCAUUGAUACUCAUAAAUCAAUAAAAAUAUAUAUAGAAUUUUUAUAAA